AUGAAAGUUGCUCUUCUCUUUUCUCAAGUUCAUACGAAUUUCCGGGUACCUGAAUUGCAAGGAAUAUGUGAUGCCCUCGAGUUAGACUUCGAUUAUUCGCAAGUGAAUACUGAGCAACAUAUAUUUAUCGUCGAUGGUCAUGCCGAGAGCGAUAUUGUGCAACUCCUUUCCCGAUCCGUUUUGCUGAAAUCUGCUUACGAACAUAUGUACUCGGCUGGCACAUACGAAGAACUGUAUAGCCAAAUCCUGCUCCGAAAAGAAGACUUCGAGAGGUAUGAUCACAACGAGCAGUCAUUUUGCGUAAAAGUACGCCCCACAGGAAGGAAGAAAGGCAUCAAUUGCUUAAAGACUGCAGAGGAAGUUGCAGCUGUUUUACCUCUCGAUGUUGCUCCUGUGGAGUUGGUAGAUCCACUCAACACCUUCACUGUAUUAGAGGAAUAUCAGGGACCGCAUGAUGUCAAGCCUAAACGUUUGAUCUUUGGCAGACUUAUAGGUCAUGGACAAUUUAAGUUGAAGUCCUUUUACGAUAUCAAGAAAAGACGUUACAUUGGGAAUACCACAAUGGAUCCUGAGCUAGCUUUUAUACAGAACAACAUCUCUUCUGUCAAAGCUCACGAUCUCGUUUUGGAUCCUUUUAUGGGUACAGCUGGUCUUCUUUUACCAGCAGCACAUUUUGGAGCUUACGUAGUCGGCACUGAAAUCAACUACCAAAUUGCGAAAGCCAUAGGAAAAUCUUCUCGACACGAUGUCGUAAUGCGCUCGAGGGAAGAGAGUGUACGAGCUAAUUUCGAGCAGUACGGUACGGAGGGCCGAUAUCUGUCAGGACUGCUUGCUGACGCCAGCUGGCAUGACUUAUGGGCGAGGCCUAUAUUCAACGCGAUAGUCACUGACCCUCCUUAUGGGAUACGAGAGAAGGGUCGAAAAAUUGGAAAGAAGCCGAGGAAAGAUCACUGGACAUUGCCGGGCAGUGAGCAUGAAGCUCAUUUCCCCGAGAAGGCCCCUUACUCCUUGGAAAGAACUUUUACGGAUCUAUGCGAUCUUGCCGCCGCCGUAUUAACUAUCGGAGGAAAGUUAUCCUUUUGGUUUCCCGUCAUAUUGGAAAGCUACUCAGAGGCUUGCCUGCCUUAUCAUCCUGCGCUGGAACUUAUAUCAAACUGUGAGCAACGUCUUUCCUUAAAGGCGAGCAGACGUCUUCUUACAUAUCGAAAAUUCCGAGAACCUACAACGAAUGAUCGUGCAUAUUAUCCUGCCAACCACUAUGAAAAUGGAACAUUUAGGGAUGCUAUUUUCACACAAAAACGGAUCUCAUGAUUUUCACUCAUCUGUUGUAUUCUUGAUUUGUCUGUUGUGAUUGUUGAAAUGCUCCAUGUUUUCAAAUGCUACGAUAAUAAAUCUGGCAGUACUGGCAUUCAAUUGUUGGUUGGUAAGCGUUUAUUAGAGUGUCAUCGUAAUGGCCGUAAAUCGCCUAAAAUCAGG